AAGCAGAGGUGUCAUGUGGAGAGGGAAGGAGGGUAACAGAAUAUUCGUCUGUGACAAAAAUCUUUGACCCACGUCGGCGCCAUUUUAUCGGCCACCAUGAUCUUCAUUUCUUUCCACCUUUGUUAAAAAUUCGAUUCAAUUCAAUUCAAUUCAAUUAUUCAUUCUUCGUUCUUAAUUUAUUUUCCAAAUCUCGUUCGACGAAUUCCAUCUCCACCAAAUCCGUUCAAUCCGUCCUUAUCCAUAUCCGUAGUUUGCCCUAACUAUGAUCUGCACGCUACUCCCUUUUUCCUUCUGAUUCUAAUCGGAGUUCUUCAACUAUGUCGGCUCAGGUUCAGCCUCCUCCGCCGGAGCAAAACCAACUCGAAAUGUUCGAUGUCUUCAAGAUCAAAGGCAGGGACAAACAGUGCCGCCGGAUUCUCCGUAUCGUCGGAAAAUUCUUUCCAGCGCGGACUGUGAGUUUGGAUGUGGUGAAGAAUCAUCUGGAGGAGAAGAUCUUCCCUAGGCUUAAGAACAGGCGUUUCACGAUCCUGUACUUUCACACCAGCGUUCAAAGGAGCCAAAAUUUCCCCGGAAUCGCCGCUCUCCGAUCGAUCUAUGACGCAAUUCCGGCCGCUGUCAAGGCUAAUCUGGAAGCCGUGUAUUUCGUUCACCCAGACCUCCAAGCCAGGCUCUUCCUCGCCACUCUCGGCCGCAUUUUCUUCACCAGCGAGGUGUAUGGUAAGGUGAGGUACGUGAGUAGAAUUGGUCUGCUGUGGGAACAUGUAAGGAGGAACGAAAUUGAGGUUCCAGAAUUCAUUUAUGAUCAUGAUGAAGAUCUUGAGUACCGUCCGAUGAUGGACUAUGGUCAAGAGAGUGACCAUCCUAGGGUUUACGGUGCACCCUCAAUGGAAUCUCACGUGUACUCCAUGAGGUGCAUUUCCUAGAAAAAUGCUCCUCUGGGUUCCACUGGGUCCUAAAAUGGGCCCUGUUUUAAUGGCUUCAUCUUAAUUCCUUUUCCUUUUUGGACACCAACACCAAGAAGUGCUUGCUUGUGUAUAUAUAUGUGCAUCUCUUUCUCUUUUUCUUUU